AUGCCACCAGAGUCGCCCUCGACUGCCCUCGUUCUCAGGACUGCAAGAACACCGGGCUAUAAGAAAGACCACCGAAAGAACGACGACGACAGCUACCUGGAUAUCGUGAGGCGCCGCCGAAAACCUAAGCAUAAGCCCGGCCUCGAGCUUAAUCACGAGCCGGUGAACCACAGAGCCUCGAAACGUCGCCGCAGCAUCAUAGACGAUACCGGACGCGAGCUACAUCAGCAGCAACAGUGCAGCGACCUCGUCGUCGACAACUACCGCUUCCGUAACCACCUCCUCUCCCUUCUGGACGAGCAGCGUUCGUCGGUCGAGUGCUGGGCCCGCAGCGUCGGCGCGGGAGGCCCGGCUGAACCGAUGGACUGGCAGCCCGAGCAGGAGCGGGUCGUGUACAUCGCCCGCGACCUCGUGGAGUAUGGCUGUUACGAGGACCGGUGGAGAAUCGGCGGUGGGCAGGAGGAGCAACCGCAGCAGCAGCUGAAGGAAAGGCCGACGGCGCAGCUUUCGUCGGAAUUAGUGUCGUGGGCCGAUCAGAUAGAGGAUGGGUCGGACGUGUGUGGGGCGUCGGUACUUGGCUUAAGUCUUGUGGAUGUGAUUGAGUGA